AUGGAGUGUUUCUUGUGCAAUUCUUUACGUAAGGACGAACGUUUUCGUCCGAAAAGAGAACUUAUAAAAAAAUUUACGAAAGAAAUUUAUGCUUCGUGCAAAAGUAUUUUGAACGCUAGAAUUCAUUUUAAGCAUAAAUUUAGUGAUGUGAUUUUGCCAGAGUCCUGGGACGAUGAGGUUAUAGGAUAUCACUUCAAGUGCUACAAAGAUUUCAGAGUUGCUACAAAAUAUUUACAAUAUUUAUCAAAUGAGCCAACCUCGACGCAAGCGUCCACACAAGGCGACCUCUCCACUCCAAGUACAUCCACCACUACUGCGCCAAUGGAAGUUCAAACAGAGGAUUUGAAUACAGCAUCUUGUUCAAAUCCCCAAGUUGCUACAUCUGAUUCAAGGUACAGAAAAAAUUCUUAA